CAACAACAACAACAACAACAACAACAACAACAACAACAACAACAACAACAACAACAACAACAACAACAACAACAACAACAACAACAACAACAACAACAACAACAACAACAACAACAACAACAACAACAACAACAACAACAACAACAACAACAACAACAACAACAACAACAACAACAACAACAACAACAACAACAACAACAACAACAACAACAACAACAACAACAACAACAACAACAACAACAACAACAACAACAACAACAACAACAACAACAACAACAACAACAACAACAACAACAACAACAACAACAACAACAACAACAACAACAACAACAACAACAACAACAACAACAACAACAACAACAACAACAACAACAACAACAACAACAACAACAACAACAACAACAACAACAACAACAACAACAACAACAACAACAACAACAACAACAACAACAACAACAACAACAACAACAACAACAACAACAACAACAACAACAACAACAACAACAACAACAACAACAACAACAACAACAACAACAACAACAACAACAACAACAACAACAACAACAACAACAACAACAACAACAACAACAACAACAACAACAACAACAACAACAACAACAACAACAACAACAACAACAACAACAACAACAACAACAACAACAACAACAACAACAACAACAACAACAACAACAACAACAACAACAACAACAACAACAACAACAACAACAACAACAACAACAACAACAACAACAACAACAACAACAACAACAACAACAACAACAACAACAACAACAACAACAACAACAACAACAACAACAACAACAACAACAACAACAACAACAACAACAACAACAACAACAACAACAACAACAACAACAACAACAACAACAACAACAACAACAACAACAACAACAACAACAACAACAACAACAACAACAACAACAACAACAACAACAACAACAACAACAACAACAA